GACAGCAGCAGCAGCCUUUUUGUAUUCGUGACUGUCCUUCUCAGCAACUCGCAUCCAGCCUGGAGCACCCUCUAGAAGUGAACAGAGAAAGAUUAUCACUGAACAGCACUGAACAGAAGCAGUCAUUAUACCUGCAAGAUGACACCAUUUUCUAAGAAUACUGUAUCUGUCCCACUCUGGAUACCGUUUGUAAUGCUUUUUGGUUCUGUCUGUGAUGGUGGCAAAAUCUUGGUGGUGCCUUUGGAGGGAAGUCACUGGGUGAACAUGGAAGUCCUCAUCAAGGCUUUACAUGGUCAAGGGCACAGUGUUGAUGUAUUACGCCCCUCCAGUAGCUGGUUUAUCAAGGAGAAUUCAACUUAUUAUGGUUCUAUAACUAUACCCAGCACCGAAGCAAUGGAUGAAAAAUUUAUAGAAAACAUGGUUUCCGAAUCAAUCAACUAUGAAAGUGGAAAGAGCAACUGGCUGGGCACUUUAAGUCUGUAUUUGGAUACAGUUAAAUACACUUAUAAAAUGCAUGAAAUGGUAUGUCAACUUAUAAUAAACAUGUUUGAAAGUGAGGAAAUUAUGAAGACACUGAAGGAAAAGCAAUAUGAUCUGGUGCUCACUGAUCCGGUGUGGGCUGCAGGCAUUUUCCUGGCUCAUAAAUUCAAGUUACCCUUGGUGUAUAAUGUAAGAUGGACCACUCCUGGAGAGGGACAUUUUGAGAUCGCUCCCUCACCGUUGUCCUACAUCCCUAUCACAAGAUCUAGAAACACAGACAAAAUGAACUUUUUUCAACGAGUGCAAAAUAUUUUCAGUUAUUUGCUAAUGUACUUUCAGUAUGGCUAUUUUAAUUUGGCACAGUACCAAGCACUUUGUGACAAAUAUUUCCACCCACCUGUACGUUUUUAUGAACUUCUCCAGGGGGCUGAUAUAUGGCUUAUGAGGGUUGAUUUUGUUUUUGAAUUUCCACGUCCAACAAUGCCAAAUGUCAUCUACAUUGGUGGCUUCCAGUGCAAUCCAGCGAAGGCCCUUCCACAUGACCUGGAAGUCUUCAUGCAAAGUUCUGGAGAGCAUGGAGUGGUUAUCAUGUCUCUAGGAUCAUUUAUCAGUGUCCUACCAGAUGAGAUAUCAACUGAAAUAGCGGCAGCUUUUGCUCGGCUCCCUCAAAAGGUUAUUUGGAGAUACACUGGAAAAAGACCAUCUACUUUGGGCAACAACACAUUGCUGGUUGACUGGAUGCCACAAAAUGAUCUUCUAGGGCAUCCAAAGACUAAAGUUUUUAUUGCACAUGGUGGAACCAAUGGAGUUCAAGAAGCUUUGUAUCAUGGUGUUCCAGUGGUUGGAAUUCCACUGUUUUUUGACCAGUAUGACAAUCUUCUUCGAUUACAAGACAGAGGAGGAGCCAAGAUCAUUUCCCUUGAAAUUUUAGAUCAAAACACACUGCAUGCAACUAUACAGAAAUUAAUCAGGGAUUCAUCCUACAGACUGAACAUGCAGAGAUUGUCUCAUCUUCACAGAGAUACACCACUUAAACCUUUAGACACCGCUCUCUUCUGGAUUGAGUUUGUAAUGAGACACAAAGGUGCUGCUCAUCUUCGGUCAGAAUCCUACAAACUUCCUUGGUACUCCUAUCACUCAGUAGAUGUUGUCGUUACAUUGUUUGCAGUUCUCUUGAUAUUCACUCUUUCUGUAUUUUUAACAGUUAGAUAUCUGUGUUUCAAGUGCUGCAGCAGAAAAAGGAAAAAUGAGUGAUACAUUUGCGUAUCUUACAUGUAUGUCUUUUUCUUUAUUAAUGUUAUGAUCAGCAAACUCAGCUUGGUAUAGGAAUCAUGAUGGUAUAAUGCAGAGUCUUGUCUGAAAAUUAAAUACCCUUGCGUUUUUGAGCCACACUAAUGUCUUUAUUAAUAAUUGUACCAGUUCCGUGUGCUGCUCAUUACAUAAGUACUCAAACACACUGCAUCUUACUUAGUUUUUACUGAUUCUUUAUCCCUGUUAUUGCUGUAUUAUUCUAAAAAAUAUCUGAAAACUUUG